AUGCCAAUCACCGAUAAGACGAAUAUUAUAUCAUCUAUGGACCAAGACCAUAACCGAAGCUUCAAUACAUUGUUCCCCUACAUUGAUUACAAUCGAUUUGGAAUGGAGUGGGUGAACAUUGUUGACGAACUGGAAUGGAUAAACAGUCAUAACAAGGUUGACACUAGGAAUUAUGAAGUACCAUUCGCCAUUGAAAUUGGAACCUUGGGACAAACGUCAGUUUUCAAAACAAGAGCUACGCUAUGUUCAAAGAAAAUCAUUUACAAAGGGAGUUAUAUCUGCAUCUCCAUUGUAACAUUUGACGACAAUGGCCGUCCACGGAAUAGGGGAGGAGAUUUCUUCUCUGCUCGUAUGUCCAAUGACAUUCUACAGAAGAGUACAGCAGGCCGAAUUUUAGAUCAUGGGAAUGGUACGUACUCAGUAUAUUUCUACGCGGCUUGGUCUGGAACAGCCAGAAUUACAAUAGCGCUUACUUUUGUGAGAGAGUUCAUCAACUAUUUGAAAGAUGCGUUGAAAACAAAAGAACAACUAAUGGAAUUUACAGGAACUUACAUAGAUGGAAACAUCACUGAGACAACGACUUGUCAUUUGAUCAAUGAAGGCAUAUGGAGCGGCAUGUGCGAAUACACAAAUCGAAACGCCAUGGGGAAAACCGUACUUGUGUGUCAUAAACCAGUGCAUGUCGACUGUUCAAAACUGUACUCAACAAAAAUAUCUGGAAAAAGGCUGGAUUUACUUGCCGAAGAAGAGAUUGCACGUACCAAAACCUUAUUUGACAGAAAAACUGAUCGAGUACUACUGGAAGGCAUGCCAAUGAAUCUAACAAUACAUGAUUCGCCAAUAUAUCUUUCUAAAUUACCAAUAUGUGGACCAGAUUUGCCAAUACCACUGUCAGAUGGAUACUGGGCCAACAAUCGGACAUAUAUUUCUAUGGUAUGUCGAAGUCAACAGUGGACACAAGAACAAUUUGACAAAUGUGCGGCUAACAAGAAAUUUGUGGCUAGUGGAGAUUCUGCAUUACGAGAAUUCAUUGGCGUUUUCAGCGAAUUCCAAGGUCAUUUUGACUUUCACUUCAUGACGCCAAGAAUUGCAGGUCCAAUUGUUACUAUAUGGGAACCAAUGUUUGAGAGUGACAUCAUAGACAAUAUAACUCAAAGUGAGUGUCAGUCACAUAAUUAUGUAGUAAUUUUGAACUUCUGCUUUCAUUACGGAGCUUGGUCGACCAGGUCGUUUGUAGAACGACUAGUUCAGGUAAAACUUUCUGUUGAAAGACUUAUGAAACGAUGUAGAAAUCCUAAAAUAAUUGUAAAAAUGAGUCAUUCCCGUGACAAUGUUUAUAUGGAGCAGACGAUUCACAGCAGCAAUUGGUCUUUUUAUGACAUGAACAGAAUCAUUCGCCGUGUAUUCGGGGGAAUCGGGGUGCAUUUCCUGGAUGUUUGGGAUAUGGUGAUCUCUUCCUUCUAUAACAUCACAGUUCAUAUGGACAUCCAUGUGGUCAGACAGGAGUUUUACCUUAUGCUUUCAUACAUUUGUCCCGAAUUAGUAGACUCCGAGAUAUAUUCUGAAAAUAACUAA